GUGCUGCUCCUCCUGCUGCUGCUGCUACUGCUUGUCUGUGUUUGGUGCGUGAAACAUGUCCGAACAGUAUAUGCAAGAUAUAUUCAUCCCCUCAAAGGAGUAUUUGCACAAGAAACAAGAUGAAAGAGAAGAAUUAAUUCGAAUAGGGCGAGAUAUCACCAGCUAUUCCAAGAAGGCCAUCUUCUCCUUGCACAGAACGUUUCUGGAGAACAACGACAAAGUGAAAGAUUUGAGUGAAUUAGUCAAGCAUUUGCAGUUGUUAGGAACGAGAUUGUCCCAGUUGAAAACAAUUUAUGACUGUAAUAUAGCACUACGUGGUAGUGUUGCAGGACCGGUUGAGGAAUUGAUCGAGUUUUUCACGUUUGGACACUUUGUGGCCAAUAGACGGUUGUUGGAAUACAAACAGUUUAUAACUUAUAUCAAGAUAUUGCUCAACGCAACCACAGAACCGGAACCAUAUCAAGCUAUUCUAGAAUCGUUGUUCUUUAACAUCGACAUUCCCAACAAGUAUGAAUCUGAAGUAGAGGUGACUUUCAUUGACAUUGGAGAUUACUUGAUGGGACUUUUCGAUUGUACCGGAGAAAUAAUGAGAUCUAGCAUCCAACAUCUGUCUGGAUUUACUGGAACAUUACAAUUGGAAACUACGGAAAGGCAAUACCGAUAUUUACAAGAUUUAUACCAACAAUUUACGAUAUUAACCCAGAAAUACCCCGGCAUCUCAAUCCAUCGAGGGGUAUUUGACAACGAAUCGCGACUGAAAGGUAACUACUCCUUCAUGAAAAAACUCGAAGUGUUUAACAACUCUAUCCGCAAAAUCGAAACUACGCUAUUGGACAUUUUAAUUAGUGAUAAAGAGACCAUAUAGCCAUUUCUAUAAACAACAGUACUUACUAUAAACAUACUAGUCACUUCUAUAAACAUGCUUAUAUUCUUGGAAUUGGUCCUCCCGGAGAAGUUUCAGUUCUGGCAGUCAAAACUUCAACCCCAUCUUCAGUAACCAAUAACAUGUGUUCGAAUUGGGCCGAGAAUUUCCCAUCUUGAGUAACGGCGGUCCAGUUGUCUGGCCAUUGCAAAUCUUUGAAUGUACCGAGAUUGAGCAUGGGUUCGAUGGUGAACACCAUUCCUGGCUUGGCAAUACCCACGGCUUUGUUCUUGGCGUAAUGAGGCACGUUUGGUUGGCAAUGGAACAAAGCACCACACCCGUGACCACAGUAGGUACGAACGACAGAACAGUUGUUUUCGUGGGCGUGCUUUUCAAUGAUGGCACCCAAGUCCCUGAAUGCAAUGCCUGGCUUGACGGCUUGGAUGGCGAGGUCGAGUGAUUCUCUGGUGGUUUCCACUAAUCUGACAAUGUCGGGGUUGCACUUGGCCUUAUCUCCGACAUAGUAGGUUUCGUUAAGAUCAGAGUGGAAGCCAAGGUAGUAGAUGGUCACAUCCAAGUUGACAAUGUCUCCGUCUUGUAAUUUGGUCUUGUCUGGAAUACCGUGGCAAAUCACUUCAUUGACAGAAGUACAGCAUGACUUUGGGAAGUUGUAGUAGUUUAAUGGAGAAGGGUAUGCGUUUCUCUUGACACAUUCACGGUGUAAAAUGGCGUCAAGUUCAUCCGUGGUGACACCGGGUUUGAUAUGACUGGCGGUUAUGUCCAAGAUUUCUCUGGACACCUUGGCACAUUUUCUAAUCUUGGUGAUUUCCUUAGGUGUAAGCACGGGGAUUCUUCCAAUUCUGUCAUCACGGAUUUCAGAAAUUGGUUUACCAGCCUGGGCAUAGUCUGGGAGUUUGAUGUGUUUAGGGAUGGCUCUUCUUGGGGACAAUGGGUAUGUUGGUCUUAAUUCACCGGUGAAGUUGAAGUUUGGAAAUGGAUUGUAUUCUUCAGCUCCAUCUUCUGCGGAAUGGAUGGCCUUGUGGGUAGUCCAACUGGAACGGAAACAGUUUUGAUUACAAAAGACACAGGAGACGCCGGCUUUAAGACAUACUGGACAUUUUAAACUGGAUUCAGUUUCUUUACCACAAUUUGGAGAUGCACAAAUAGCAGACAUAGUAGGAUGAAGAGAUGUGAUUAGUAAAGAAGAACGAUUUGAAGUUUUUUUUUUUCUUUCUUUUUUUUUCUAUGUGGUGUGAAUGUGCUUUUGGCUACAGCACUGUUUAGUAUGCAAUAAUCAUAUAUUAUGCUGGCUAGAUAAGCUAUAUGGUAACAUGUAUUAGGAUGCAGAUGUAGUGUAUCGGUAAUAGUAAUACAAUGUGUGUAAUUAGAGUAGUAGAUGUCAUUUGUGCAUAUCACACAUUGAAUUUUUACUCUCCUAGUAAGUUCUCAGGGCCAAAACUCAAUGGCAACAAGUCAUUCAUAUACACCUUGAUAAAUUCACCACUACUCUUGAACAUAUAGACAGGAACGUCUUUGGCAAACUCACGGAUGACUUGUCGACAUAUCCCGCAGGGACUUAUAAAGUCGUCUUCUUGAUCACUGGAAAUGGCAAUCACUUUAAAUGUAGUGUGACCAGAAAAAAUUGUUGUUCUUUCAGCACAUAUGCUGGCACCAUAGGAUGCAUUUUCAAUGUUUGCACCUGAUAUGAACUCAUUUGACGCGGU